UCAACCACCUCAAGCCGUUAAACUUUUGCCUUGCCAUUCCAUGACUUCUCUCUUCUCAACUAAAACAAAGAAAACACUAAACACCACUCUCUACUUUCUGUAUAUUUCCUUGCCCUUCCUCUAAACUCACUCGAAACUCAAAGGAAUGGCCAGACUUACACUCAGAGCAGACAACUUUUGUCUUCUUUCUAACAGUGCAAGCUCUCAGAGAUUAAUCCUUAACAAUCCCACUUCAUUCAACCGCCAUAGUGUUCUUUCAUUUCCUGCUAAACAUGGUUUGAGGUUCAGAGUUUUAUGUGGCAUCAAAGAGAAGGAAAAUGUAAGUGAAAUUGGGGAGUUUGAUGGAGUACUUACUGGUCUACGAGUGGAUGAACUUGAGCGAGCGGGUUCGGUUUCAGAAUCAGAGGGAGAAUUAGGCCACACAAGCGGGUCUGGAGAAGUGGGUUUUGAGUCGAAUUGGCCGCCGUGGAAGGAUAUUCCUCAGAGAUAUAAACUUAUUGGAACUACUUCGCUUGCGUUUGUUAUUUGUAACAUGGAUAAGGUGAACUUGAGCAUUGCAAUAAUUCCAAUGUCACACCAGUUUGGGUGGAAUUCAUCAAUGGCUGGAUUGGUUCAAUCAUCGUUCUUUUGGGGUUAUGCAUUGAGUCAGUUGCCUGGGGGUUGGCUUGCCAAGAUAUUUGGUGGGAGGAGAGUGCUUGAGAUUGGAGUGCUGACUUGGUCCCUGGCUACAGCACUUGUACCUCUUCUUGCUGGAUUUAUGCCUGGAUUAGUCCUGUCACGCAUUUUGGUUGGAAUAGGAGAAGGUGUUUCCCCAUCAGCUGCUACUGACCUUAUAGCCAGGCAUGUAUGACUUACAAAGUACUUGAGGAUCAUGCUAUUUGAUUAA